CUGUUGCCAAGCACAUUGCGCGGCAGCUGCCGAUUCGUUUUAUGCAUAAGUAACACCGAGACCCUGAUGAGUGCGAAAAACGUUCACCAGUGAUAAACGAUCUCACGAUGAAAGUACAUCUGUUUGCCUUGUUUGCAGUAUGCGCCCUGGCGAUGCCACCAACCUAUUGCGAAGAUGAACACAGGCCCAAGACCAUCAUUAUUGACACCGACUUGCUCGAUCUCAUCGAUGAUCCAAUUGCCAUUGGUCUCGCAAACAUCCUUCAAGUGCGUGGUGAAGCCAAGAUUGUAGGCAUUGCGUCAAGUGUGUUCAGCCGAUACGUACCGCCUGCAAUAGACGCCAUCAGUACUUAUUACGGGCAUGGCAACGUUCCUGUCGCAAUACAAAAGCCGGUCGACAACACUACGAGAAACCCUACAUAUCCUCAAGUCAACGAGUAUGUCACCGGCCUGAACUCCAAGUUCCCGCAAGACAUAGGCGAUGGCAGCAAUACCACGGAUCCAGUCAUCCUCUACCGAAAGCUACUUGCUUCGAGCCCGGACCAAAGCGUCACGAUUGCGAACAUAGGGUAUCACGAUAAUCUAUACCACUUCCUCCUCUCACCACCCGACAAAAUUUCACCGCUCUCAGGCUCACAGCUUGCAAAGAGCAAGGUUGCCGAGUUUGUCGUGCAGGGCAAUCCGAACGGUACUUCGUUCAACUUUGGAGGCAACGACCCCAAAUAUGCGCAGUAUGUGCUGACGCACUGGCCUGGCCUUGUUACGUACGUGCCGGACGCAAUCGGAGAUACCGUGUAUUUUGGGUCAAGACUGACGACGGAAUUGGACACCACUACAAACCCAAUUGCUUAUGCGGCCGCUACGAGUAUUGGGGUUGGCAACGUACAUCAAACCUGGGAUUCUACUGCGAUUUACUACGCCGUCCGUGGCCUUGACCAGGCGUAUAGAUUUGAGAGGGACCGAGGCAAAAUCUCGUUUCUUGCGAAUGGAACAGCAGUGUGGGACUAUGAGUUUCCGUCGAGACUGCAGCGAUCCAUUGAACUAAAGAUCGACAAUGCGACAUUCGCAGCAAGGGUAGAAAGGAUACUUCUAUUCGAACCUUAGCCUGGGGAACAAGGUUAUAUAGUUGACAGACUUCUAUAGGCCCUGACUUGUGGCGCUCGAGCGAGCAGUCCAUGCUUCCAUACUUCAAUUCUCCCGUUACUUUGCUAGUAACCGCUCAUGGGCUGAUGC